AUGUCCCAGCCACAAGUCACCCCCCAAUGGGUACUCGGCCCCGGAAACACCCCUUUCUACACCAAGACUUGGUUUCCCCCUACAGACCCAAAGGCCUACAUCUUGUUUGUGCACGGAUUCGCCGAGCACAUCGAACGAUAUACUCCCUUCUUCACCUCUCUCACCGCCACCUACCCCGUGCACAUUACCGCAUUUGACCAACGCGGCCACGGCCGGACUUCCCAGGACCCGCUUACCUCUGAAUCUCCAGAAGUGAAGAAAUGGAAGGAAGAGGGUAAGGAAGUGAAGCUCGAGAAGAAUGCAAAGAGAAGGACGGGGGGCUGGGGGCAGUGCUUUACAGACAUGGAGUGGUUCUUGAAGAAUGUGAUUGAAUCGGCAGACGGAAAGCCGGUGUUCCUAUGGGGUUUCAGUAUGGGCGGUGGACAAUCACUCGCCUUUCCCAUCCGCCCUUCGGGCCCACCGUCCCAGGACACUGUUUCAAAGCUCUCUGGUGUCAUCUCUGGUGGACCACUCAUCAGGCUUUCCAAUAACCCCCCGGCUAUCCAAGUGAAGGCUGGCACAUUUGCUGCCAACAUUGGACUGGGCAACUUUCUCAUUCCCACGCCCAUGGACUAUACGCACCUGUCGCAUAGCCCCGAGAUCAACGAGAAAGCCAAGAAUGAUCCCUUUUGCGAGCAAUCAGGCUCCAUACGUGGCGUAGCCGACUUUCUCCACGGCGGAGAAUGGCUCGACAGCUCGGAUGCGUGGGGUCGCUGGCCCGCCAAGCUCCCUUUACUUCUCUACCAUGGCGGGGAUGACAAGAUCUGUGACGUAAAGGCCAGCAAAAGGUUUGUGGAGAAUGUCAAGGCCGAGAACAAGACUAUCAAGGUGUUUGAUGAAAUGUACCACGAAGUACACAACGAGGCCGAGCCUGUCCCAACCGAGCUCAUCCAGCUUGUUACCCAAUGGGUCGAUGGGCUUAUCGCUGCUCCUUCGAGUGCAGAAUCUGUUGCGCAGGAUCAGCCUGGACUGUCCAAGCUGUGA